UUUAUCCUAGAUUUUCUUUUCAAAUAAAGUUGCUGUUGGCUGGCAAUGAAUAAAUCAGCACAUACACCACUACCCCCAAUGUGUUUUAUCAAUUACCAUAACUGCUCGAUUCACCACUUUUGAAGUGUACAUAAAAAUUAUCUGAUUGUUGAUUCAUGAUCAUUCAAAAUUCAUCUUCUGGAUAUCAGGAUAUCAAUUGGACAACCAAUCUUUUGAUGAGAGUGAGAUCAGAGAUUGGACUAUACCACACCUUGUUUCCUCUUCGAUGACACAACCCCAGCUUUAAAUGGAACCGUUUUGGAGAACUAUAAAGGAGACCAGCGGGAGCUAUUUAUUAAGUUUAAAUCCCCUCCUCUUUUGCAGGGUAGUACUUACUUUUGCUUAACAAGAUGAGCCCUGUCAAACAAUUAGUCAUCUUUCUGGUGGACUAGCAUGGACUGUCAACAAAAGUAGCAUGGCUUUGAGAUCCUCUAGGUUAUGCAACAGAUAGGUGUAGAAGGAUUACAAAUCUCACUGGAAAAACAGCAAUUGAUGGGGAGUCUUCUAUAGAGUGAGCAGCGAUUAUUAUGAUAUGGAACAAUAAGCAGAUCUCUCCAAAACACAGUCUUUUGUUUGCAUCUGGUGAACUCCAAACCAGCAAUAAAGAUGUUGAAAAAAGAGGAUUUAACAAGAUAAGAACCUAUUCAACAUUGAUCAGUGAGGUUAGCAAACCGUUUUAUGCCUGUGUAACUCGUUAAGAGAUCCCACUAUGUAUUGCGAAGCAGGUGCCACAUGUCUUUGUAGGUGUGGUAAUUAGGGGUCCGCUCUCUUUUCCAGGUCAGUAUCAUUGACUGGAAAAGGUAGGAAAUAUCAGGCUUUUUUACCAAGGGGGAUCGUGUGAAAAAAAUUAGUGCAUUUAUCUGGCCUUUUCUUCAGGAUGUUUUAGAAAGGAGUGUUUGACUUGAUUGUAGGUUUAAAUUUGGAUGUGUCCAGUGAUGAAAUGGAGAUGGAGUAAUUUAUGGAUUAACCUUGACACAAUGUAAAUGAAAUCUUUUUGAAUCCAAAGAAAGGGAUUCUAUACAAAGAAUGUGAUGUUAAUUCCUUAUUCAAUAAGUCCAGGAUGAUGAUAAUGGGUGACUCAAUGCAAUACUAUCGGAAAAUGUGAGGAAUGUGUUGAUCCCCUCUGAAGGAUCUUGUUCAGGUGCUGCUAAUAGCCAAUAUUUCUCAGGAUAAGGAUGCCCAAGAAAAGCAAACCAAAGAAGAUCAAAGUACUAGCUGCCCGCCAGUUGUCAACUCCGGAAAAACCAGCCUCCAAGAAAAAAGUCAAAUUAACACGUCAGUCUCAUUCGUCCUCGGAGAUCUACCAGCUGCAGACCAAUAGCAGUGUCGACGACGACAAUGUGGACACACCUCCACUCAGCAAUAGUAGGCCCACUUCACCCCUGAACUUUUUUCUCCCGAUUUUGGAGUAUGGGUUCUCGUGGCCCAGGCGGAAAAGUCCGCUGAAAUUGGCCACGGAUCAGAAGAGGGUCAGGAGUCCUUUGUUGUCCUCCUCUCCAGAUAGCGGUCUACCUAACUCUCCAGCCUCCGUGUAUGAUGAUUUGUUCUCCCCGCCUAAUGAGACUAAAAAAAACAAGGAGGUUCUGUCCUUCCCAGAGCCUGACAGAAACCCCUCCCCACUGUCAAUGGUGUUGGAACACAAUUCCUCAUCCUCUUGCAGUGAUGGAGAGACAGAGAAUCAAGAUCUGAGGUCAGUGCUGGAGGCAUUAGAUUAUGUGAUACAACGUGAACACGAUGACAAGGAGCAUCCCUAUACCACUAUCAAACAUGAUUCCAGUGAUGAGGAAGACACUAGUGAUACACUGAAUAAUAAUCAGGAUUCAUCAAACAACACUAGUGAUUCGGUGAAUAACGAAUCUCCAAGUAACUCAUGUGAUUCGCCCAGUAAAUCACCAAAGGGUUUGGAACACUUGAAUGGAAUCAUAAAAGAUGGUAAAGGAUCGGUGUCCAAAAGAGUUAGGUUUAACAUAGAUAACUCAGCAGAGAUUAAGAAAGGCAGGAACUCGGAUAUUGUUAAGGCUUUGAGUGAGCCCUGUCUGUAUGGAAUCACUGUGACAGUGGUAGAUAUACAGCCUCAGGAAGGGGGAGGGGAAUGCUGUACUGUCAAAGAGACAUUUCAGGCUAUGGUUUGUCACCACCCAGACUGUGCAGAGGGCAAUGGAGGCCAUCCUCUGCUCAUGUGCAAACCAUGUGACAAGCGUAUCCAUGGCAGCAACGAAAACAGCAACCAUCUGGUCCUUGAUGCACCCAAAAAGAAACUUGGUUUGGCUCAGCUCGGCCGAGGGUCCUCCUCUCCUAAUCUCGGGACUCGCAGUGAGUCCCACUCAGAGCUGAAUCGUCGACACACGGCCCCUGAGGAUGAGGAUGAUGAUGCUGUGGACGGGAUUUACAUCAAGAAAAAAGAGGUCCAGGAGUUUAGACCUCCCCCAACCCCUUCAGCAGCUGAGCUGAAACUGAAGCG